AUGUCUGGGCGGCGCGCGGAGGAGGAGUACGACUACCUGUUCAAGGUGGUGCUGAUCGGGGACUCGGGCGUCGGCAAGUCCAACCUCCUCUCCCGCUUCACCCGCAACGAGUUCUGCCUCGAGUCCAAGUCCACCAUCGGCGUCGAGUUCGCCACACGAACACUCCAUGUUGAGGGCAAGAUCAUCAAGGCGCAGAUCUGGGACACGGCAGGCCAAGAGAGGUACCGAGCAAUCACAAGCGCCUACUACCGUGGGGCGCUUGGCGCGGUCCUGGUCUUCGAUGUGAGCAAGCCCACCACCUUCGAGAACAUCAGUCGGUGGCUCAAGGAGCUACGUGACCACGCCGACUCCAACAUCAGAAUCAUGCUCGUCGGCAACAAGACCGACCUGAGGCACCUCCGGGCUGUCGCCACUGAUGACGCACAGAGCUUCGCCGAGGCAGAAGGUCUAUCCUACAUUGAGACAUCCGCGCUGGAGGCAACCAACGUGGAGGAGGCAUUCCAGCUGAUCCUGGGCGACAUUUACCGGGCCAUCAGCAAGAAGCCUGUGGCCUCAGAUGAAGCCGGCCAGGGCGCUGCUGGAGGCGUCAAGGAAGGUAAGACCAUCAAUGUGGCGACGGGUGGUGAUGCCGCUGCUGAGAAGAAGCAAUGCUGCUCAGCUUAG